GUUCAAUCGGAGAGGUACCUGUGUUGUUGGCAAAGCCUCAAACCUAUAUGAAUUUCAGUGGAGAAUCAUACUUCCCAUUUGUUGAGAUUCAAGAAAGACUUAGAUCCCGUUCGUAAUCAGAGGAGGAGACCUGAUGUGGGGUGUGCAAAGUCCAUUAGAGGUAGUCUUUUGGCACCUUUACCUGCUUCUUUUUUCUGGUUCCUAAAUCUCAUUUGAUGUAAUUUGAUUAUGUAAUGAAUAGUUGUGAAAGUGGUAGCAAGUGAGAAUCUAUUUUGUGUAUUCAUUUUACUUUAUUUGAGUUUUAAUUGUAAUAUUUGGACCUAUGUAAGUGUUCUAGUUGGUAUCACAAGAAAAUUUUAAACUAUAUAGACCAUGCUAGUUCACUUCGUCCUCUUUCAUUGGUAUCAGAGCAAGGAGUUUUUGUUGCUACUAUUUUAUUUUCUUUGUUAUUUUUAUAUCUUUGGGACAAGAAAGCAUACUAUAACUAGUUUCAUUGCUGAAAUUUCAAAGAUGGAGAGAUUCAAUGGAACAACUAUGUGCUUCAUAGAAGCUCAAAAUCGGCUAUGUGCUCUAUGAGGAAGGUUUGCAUAAUAUCCUCAUCAAGGCUCCACCAAGAGAAAAUGCAUCUCAAGGUACGAGGGAUGCAUAUGCCAAAUGGGAAUGCAAAAAUAUGCUUGCUAGGCAUAUCGUACUCGUGGCUAUGCACGACUCGUACACAUGGGAGUGCGAGAGCAUCCAGAACACAAAAGGGAUACAUGAACGGCUCGAGAAAGAAUUUGCUGAUCCAUCACUUGUGAAAAAGACUCUUGCAAUGAAGAAGUACAAUGACUUGAAGUUGCCCGAAAGAGGAAAGAUAGCCGAUAACGUGCAUGCUUUUAGAGCCUUGGUUCGUGAGUUGGAGGCAAUCCACAUGCGGCCCAAUGAACCCAUGCAAGUGCUACACCUUUUAAAUACUCUCCUCGUCUCUUGGGACGUAUUUGUGGCUUCUCUUGCUGCUAGAGAGACUGCUCCUAGGCUAGAGGAGCUAGUGACUUUGCUAAAGGCCGAGGAGGAGAGAAAGAAUGCACAUAAUGCAGCCGCACCAAAAGAUGUGGUGCACAUGGUAGGACCUCUUGCUGUCUACUAUCAAGUACCUCUGCGACAUAUCUUACUAAUUUAUGAUGAGAUGAGUUUACCAAAUGGUGUUUUGAGGCUUCAAGCUAAAGGAGGGCAUGGGUAUCAUAAUGGGAUGAAGAGUGUUAUGGAUCAGCUUGAUAAUUCCCGUGAAUUUCCUCGGUUGAGCAUAGGCAUUGGGAAUCAUCCAGGCACCAUGGACAUGAGAGCUUAUUUGUUGCAGAAGUUCAGUGCAGAGGAGCGUGAACAGAUAAAUGCUGCUCUAAAGCAAGGCGUGGAAGGGGUGAGAUCUUUAGUUUUCAAAGGCUUUGAUGACAGCAUCAAUCGAUUUAACCUUCGCCAGAAGUACAAGUACCACAAGGUGUGAUGAAGAUUUUCUAAGAGAUGUGAAACUGCUCAGUUGGAUUGUAAUUUAUGUCAUUGUAAUCUAUUCUUCUUUAUUCUUGAUCAUCAUUUAUUUUUUGGAAAUGUUGAGUACUUUCUUUGGACCAUGAGUUACUGAUGUGCCAAGCCUUUCCGAAAUCAAGGCCUACGAUCGUAUUUGUCCCCAGUGAAUGCAUGUUUGUGGGUAUGGAACCCCGAAAAUGAUGCUGAUUUUGGAAAGUAACGUGAAUGCUACAAUAAUUUCUGAA